UAUUAGCUUCUUAGAAGAUGAUUUAAGAGAGAUAAAGACGUUUUUCGUCACAGAUCUAGUCUGCAUUAUCAUCUCAGGACCAAAAAGUGAGCUUGCUCGUUCAAAUUCCCUUUACGGGAGAUUCAAUUGUUCACCGUUUAAGGCAUUGAAAACAGUUUGUUAAGGUGAGAAGAUGGUUGCGCAGGGCUUUGCAGUGGACUUGGAUAAACCACUUGUGUUCCAGGUUGGUCACCUUGGAGAAAAUUAUCAGGAUUGGGUCCAUCAGCCCAUUGUCAGCAAGGAAGGCCCUCGAUUUUUCGAAAAUGACUUUUGGGAGUUUUUGACUAAAACUCACUGGUGGGCGAUUCCUCUAAUUUGGCUGCCGGUUGUAUGCUGGUUUAGCUUGAAGUCUUUUUGGUUGGGGCGUACACCUCCACAGAUAGCUAUACUAUUGGUUUCAGGAAUAUUUUUAUGGACAUUGAUGGAGUAUUCUUUACACAGAUUUCUGUUUCACAUUAAAACAAAGAGCUACUGGGGAAACACUGCCCACUAUCUUCUUCACGGUUGCCAUCAUAAGCAUCCAAUGGAUGGGCUACGCCUUGUUUUCCCACCUGCUGCGACAGCUAUUUUAUUGGUCCCGUUCUGGAACUUGGUGAAACUCAUAUCUACUCAAACAACAUGUCCUGCAUUGUUUGCCGGAGUUUUACUUGGUUAUGUUAUGUAUGAUGUCACCCAUUAUUAUUUGCAUCAUAGUCAGCCAACAAGCGAAAUACCUCGGAAUCUCAAGCGAUAUCACUUGAACCAUCAUUUCCGCAUACAAACCAAAGGGUUUGGUAUCACUUCUUCACUUUGGGACAAGGUAUUCGAGACACUGCCUCAAUCGAAGGCUUCUCAGAAAGGUUUAUAAACUAGAUGGUCUGAUUCGUCGUCGCGGUUUAUGUCUUCUUGGUUUGUAUUGAUAUUGUGUCUUUAUCUUCAUUUGGUUGUAUUUGGAAGUGGCGAUUAUACAUUUGUCUAUAUUGCUCUCUAUUUACUGUAAUGAUGAAUGUUCAUUUAUAUAUUUUUGUAUGAUUCAGUUAUUGAGUUUUUGGUAAUAUUGUUUGUAGAAGAAAUUCUAGUAUACUAUAAAAUUAUUAUUAUUUUUUAAUA